GACGAAAAUUUUCAAUACUCGUUGUAUAAUAACUACUAAGUCGACGGGGGAAAGUAAUGUAUAGACUACCUUUAAGACGGUUCACUCGUUGCUAUUCGAUAUCAAAGAUAGAAUCAGAUAGACUUGGGCAUGCUGCUCGAAAGAAACUCAUAGCGGAGGACACCCAGAGUUACUAUCCACCGAUUCAAUCCACCAGAGGCACACGAAUGCUCAAGAUCCCGGAAUUCGUAAAUCAAUGGAGCCAUCACGAUUUCAAUCAAUAUGACAACAAAAGAUUCCCCGAACUAUACCAGGUAGAAGGGAAGAUAAGAUCAAUCAGGGCCAGUGGGAAAGGAAUGUAUUUUAUUGAUGUUAUACAAGGAGAUUCAAAAUUACAAAUAUUGGCAAAUAAUAAAUUAAUGAACUUAAGCAAAGAUGAGUUCCAUCAAUUGCACUCAUUUUUUCGAAAAGGUGAUAUAAUAAGUGGGAUUGGUUACCCUUCGACAACUAAUGUCGGGGAGUUAUCACUAAAACUUAGUCAACCAAUUAGAAUCUUAACCCCAUGUCUUAACUCAACCAUGAUUCCAGAAGAAUUGACCCAGAAAUCUAAAAUCAAUACCAACCGGGUCCUCAACUACUUGGUAAAUCAGGACUCUAUUGACACUAUGAAAAUAAGAUCCCAUAUAAUUCAAUCCAUUAGGACAUUUUUCUUGAAUAAACAAUAUUUAGAGGUCCAAACUCCAAUCCUAACUGGAGCCGGGACUGGGGCCAACGCCCAACCAUUCACCACUCAUCUGAAAAACAGUUUUUUCCAAAACCAGCCACUUCAACUAAGAGUGGCCCCGGAACUUUGGUUGAAAAAAAUGGUCAUUGGUGGAUUUGAAAAGAUUUUUGAAAUCGGGGUCAGUUUCAGAAAUGAAGGUAUCGACUCAACCCAUAACCCUGAAUUCACCACCUGUGAGUUCUAUCAAGCGUACACUUCGUUACCAGAACUAAUCGAAAUCACCGAGAACUUAUUCCAACGUCUAUACCUUGAUUUGUCUACUCUUAAUGUACCAUUACUCGAGAGAAAUUUACCAGAUCUCGUCAACUUAUCCAAGGGGAACUUCCCGAAAUAUGAGUUCAUCCCAACUUUAGAAAGCAUAACUGGCAAAACCCUCCCUUCUACUUUAGACUCGGAAAGCUUGGUCGACUACCAUCGUGCAUUAAACCAGUCUCUUCCUUCCAAUCUUUCUUCUGCUUCUUUACUCGAUAACCUUGCUUCAAUCUACCUCGAACCAAUCAUCUCCUCAAAACACCCAAAUACCCCGGUCUUCCUUUACAACCAACCAGCAGAACUAUCCCCAUUAGCCAAAUCAACCCAUAUCUCGUACUCUUCCCGUUCGUACGAGAUCUCCUUGAGGUUCGAGUGCUUUAUCAAUGGUAAAGAAUACAUAAACGCAUAUGAAGAAGAAAAUAAUCCUUUCGAACAAGCAAAGAAGUUCAAAUUGCAGCAAGUCCAAAAAGCAGACUACAAUGAUAACGAAUCCCUAAUUCCUGAUUGGAACUACGUGAAUUCCUUGGAAUACGGAUUACCUCCUACUGGGGGUUGGGGUUGUGGAAUCGACAGACUAUGCAUGUUGUUUGUCGGCAGUGACCGUAUUGAAAGCGUCUUACCAUUUGGGGGGUUGAAAGAUGUUUUCAGAAACUAAUCGUGUACUUUGUAUAGCCCUUUCUUGUAUAUAUGAACAGUUUUAACAGCCAAAAGGUUCAACUCCGAAUCUCGCC